UGUCAGUGAAGCCCGUAAUAAGCACGGCGGCGGCGCCCACUCCGCCGGCGUCUCCCCCCUCGCCGACGAAAAAAAAAUAAUGCCCCGCCGCCUCGCGACCACCUACUCCGGCCGCAUCGCCGCCGCGCGGCCAUCCCCGGCGGGCCCCUCCCUCACCGUCACCGUCGCCCCGACCCCUCCCCCGACGCCGCUCGACCCGCGCGGCUACCCGCUCCCGCGCCGCCACCUCGUCUGCGCCGCCGCGCGCAUCCUCCGCUCCCACGCCUCCCCGUCCCCGCUCCUAGACCUCGCCGACUACCUCCGCGGGCUCCGCCUCACCCUCACCGCCGCCGAGGCCUCCGAGGUCGUCAAGGCGCUCUAUGGGGACCCGCCCCUCGCGCUCGCCUUCUUCCGCUUCGCCGCCGCCUCGCUCCCGGGCUUCCGCCACGACGCCUUCUCCUACAACCGCAUCCUGGCACUCCUCUUCCGCACCAGGGCCGGCCCGUCCGAGGCGCUGCGCCUCGUCGCCGACAUGGAGCGGGACGGCGUCGCCGGCAACAUCUCCACGAUCAACCUGCUGGUUGGGAUGGGCGGCGGCGGCGUGGAGAUGGAGAGGUGCCUUGAGCUGGCCAGCAAGUGGGGGCUCAGGCUCAGUGGGUACACCUACAAGUGCAUCGUGCAGGCGCAUCUGAGGAGCAGGGAGGUGUCCAAGGGGUUCCAGGUGUAUGAGGAAAUGCGGAGGAAGGGCUACAAGCUGGAUAUCUUUGCGUAUAACAUGCUUCUCGACGCGCUUGCCAAGGCUGGAAUGGUUGACCAAGCUUUCCAAGUCUUUGAAGAUAUGAAACAAAAACACUGUGUACCGGAUGCAUACACAUAUACUAUACUUAUCAGAAUGUCUGGAAAGGCUGGGAGGACCUCAAAAUUUCUCUCAUUUUUUGAUGAAAUGGUAUCAAAAGGAUGUGUUCUUAACCUGAUUGCGUUUAAUACUAUUAUUGAGGCUCUUGGCAAGAACAAAAUGGUGGACAAGGUAAUUUUUGUACUCUCCAAAAUGGUCGAGAAUGACUGCCAACCCAAUCAAUUCACAUACAGCAUUACACUGGAUAUCUUGGCAACAGAAGGGCAGCUGCACAGACUGAAUGAGGUUCUAGAUAUCUGUAGUAGAUUUAUGAACAGAUCAAUAUAUUCGUAUUUGGUGAAGUCACUCUGCAAAUCUGGUCAUGCAAGUGAGGCACAUAAUGUAUUCUGUCGCAUGUGGAACUCCCAUGAGAAAGGGGACAGGGAUGCUUUUGUAUCAAUGCUUGAGGUGUUAUGUAAUGCAGAGAAAACAUUAGAGGCGAUCGACCUGCUACAUAUGAUGCCUGAAAAAGGGAUUGUUACAGAUGUUGGCAUGUACAAUAUGGUCUUUUCAGCUCUUGGAAAGCUCAAGCAGGUCUCUUUCAUUAGCAAUCUCUUUGACAAGAUGAAAACAAAUGGAAUUAUUCCUGAUGUUUUUACCUACAAUAUUAUGAUUUCAAGUUAUGGUAGAGUUGGCUUAGUUGAUAAAGCGUCUGAACUUUUUGAAGUGAUGGAGGCUAGCAGUUGUAAGCCUGAUGUUGUCACAUACAAUUCUUUGAUAAACUGUCUAGGAAAACAUGGUGAUCUUGAUGAAGCCCAUAUGCUUUUCAAAGAGAUGCAAGAGAAAGGAUAUGAUCCUGAUGUGUUUACUUAUAGCAUAUUAAUCGAGUGCUUUGGAAAAUCCAAUAAGGUUGAGAUGGCAUGCAGCUUAUUCGAUGAGAUGAUAUCAGAGGGAUGCACCCCUAAUAUUGUAACUUACAACAUUUUACUUGAUUGUCUGGAGAGACGUGGAAAGACAGAAGAAGCUCAUAAACUUUAUGAAACUAUGAAGCAACAAGGGUUAAUCCCCGACUCAAUAACUUACUCAAUACUUGAGCGACUGGAAAGUAGAUCUCAACGAACAGUAAGAAUACGUAAGCCAACUCGGAUUUCAGGUUGGGUUGUCAGCCCAUUGAGAUGAGGAUGGCUUGGUAAAUUUCCAGGGAGCUCCCUAGUUCUUCAGGUCCAUACCUUCUGUGAUGUGUAUCUGGGGACUGUGCAUAAUUUCCAGAUUGGCAUCAAACCAUCAACUGAAAAUUUUGGUUCACUUUCUCCUCCAGAAUGAUAGCUAAGGAUCACUGGAUCAGGCAUACUGCGCAGCUACCUACACCCUGAUUCUAAGCAUUUAAUGUGCCAUCGACUUUCAAAAUGUUAAAGUGUCCUCAUUUCAAGUUCAAAGGGCAUGCAGAUUCAUGUAGUUACAAUGCUUUGGAAAUGGCAGAUGUAAUGAAUGCAUCCUUCGUAUCUUUUAAGGUUCAUCAUAUUACAAGAGAAAAUUCUGGUGUGAUAUUGAAGACAUUUCCAAAAGUGGUAAGAGUUCUGCUUUGAAGUCAUAUAAGCUUCUACAACAUGCAAACAAGCUAUCUUUUAAAUAUUGGAGAUCAUAUUUACAGUAACCAGAUGAUUUGGUUAUGAACUAGUAUUCAUUAUUAUUUUUUCACUAUCUCUAAGUGCUGAUUAUGCAGCCAAUUUGUUUUUAAGAUGUAAACCCUGCUGCUUUCUUCCCUAUAUUCUGAGGAUGAUUAUAGUAUGGAGAACAUUAUAGCCAACUGUUUCUGUAGUAUUUGAUGUACAUAUCACAGAUAAUACGAAACUUGACCUACAAGGUUACUACUUGAUUA